UACAAAAUAACGGUGCACCAAGGAAAUACAAGCAAUACCAACUAUCCAGAGUUCACAAAACUGCCUCCCUUUACCUACAAAAUCAUACAAAUGUCCGUAAAUAUCAAAAGCCACGAUUGCAAUCACCUCAAAGGCCAAGGCGUAUCCCCAGCAGGUUAAUUACAGGGGUAUACCCCCAUCAUCAUCGCUCCAGCAGAAACGGCCCCAUUUGACCAAUCACAGCUUGCUAAAGCUUCUCCCCCAAACCUCCCGUCCUCCGGCUACGCACUCAAGAUUUCCCUGUCUUGACUUUGUUCCUCGCUUUUUCACCUCUCUUCUUCCACUUCGAUCCCCUCAGCCUAGCACCAAAGAACAAAGUCUCUCGGUCAAUUUCAUCUUUGCUUCUCUGGAUCUCCCAAGAUCUCUUUCCAUUGUCCGCCAGAACAAGUUCCAGUUCCAAUUUCAUCUUCCGCCAACCGCAACAAUGGGUUUCAUUGAGGACGAGCUUAAGCAGCUCAAGGAUGUUCUUAGCACCAUUGACACUCGCAUCAAGAAGCUCGAGGCGCGAGCCACUGGCGGUCCCGUCUCCACUGAUGAGAUCCGAAUGAUCCUCAUCGGUCCUCCUGGUGCUGGAAAGGGAACUCAGGCCCCCAAGAUCAAGGAGCGCUUCUCUUGCUGUCACUUGGCUACCGGUGACAUGCUGCGAUCCCAGGUCGCUAAGAAGACCCCUCUCGGUGUCGAGGCCAAGAAGAUCAUGGAUGCGGGCGGUCUGGUCAGCGACGAUAUCAUGAUUGGCAUGAUCAAAGAGGAGCUCAACAGCAACAAGGAGUGCCAGGGCGGUUUCAUCCUCGAUGGUUUCCCUCGAACUGUCCCCCAGGCUGAGAGCCUCGAUGCCAUGCUCACAGAGCGCAACCAGAAGCUCCAGCACGCCGUCGAGCUCCAGAUCGACGACUCUCUUCUCGUUGCCCGCAUCACUGGCCGAUUAGUCCACCCCGCUUCCGGACGCUCAUACCACACCACCUUCAACCCUCCCAAGGAGUACAUGAAGGACGACAUUACUGGCGAGCCUCUUAUCCAGCGAAGUGACGACAACGCCGAGGCUCUGAAGAAGCGUCUUGUUACUUACCACAAGCAGACCGCCCCUGUUGUGGGUUAUUACAAGAAGACUGGUAUCUGGAGCGGCCUCGACGCCAGCCAAGAACCUGGCCAAGUGUGGAAGAACAUGCUUAAGGUCCUCAACGAGAAGCGAGCUUAAAUCCUGCCCGGAGCGGCUGAUGUCUCCCAGCUGCCACUUGGUGCGGCUGAGGCGACAAGACGAAUGCUGAGUGAAAAUAAAAGCCAGCUCGUCUUGGAUAUACGAACGGUAUGAACUGUAAAUUGGGGGAAGUGGAAGAGAGAGCGGAGAGUCCAAUCUUCCAGGCAAAAGAGGCGUUAAAAGGUAGAGGGUUUGUCUGCGGUGCGGUCUUGUUUGGCCAUGUGUGGAAAAAGCUACCUACUUUGGACGACGAUUAGCCAUGUAUCAAAAUGUCUUUAUUACAAUAGUUUCCACCCAACAGAAAGUUGGCUUUCGAAGCGUUAAACAUAUAUGGCCUACCUGUUUCUCGUGAAGAUGGAAUGCACGCUGAUGGGUUUGGUCUCAGGUAGACUAUAACCUUCAACCCAGAUCAAAGUCCUCGAAUCGCCUUACACAACCUCAGUUUCAAUACUGAUCAAGCUAUGACUCUGCGAU